AUGAAUCAGAGCGCAUGGAGCCAUCUCCUUAAUCUUUUUUUGAAAAAUAUGGCAGACCGACUGAUAUUUCUAUCAGUUAAUGAAAGAGCCCAAGGUUUCUUUAGCAAGAAUCCUAGGAUUCUAGCCCCGAUUAGGAGAGGGUCGGAGAAACUCCUAGACCAAUGGGCGACGCUUGGUUACAAUUUCGAAUCCAUUAUUAUAUUUCCAAGAUCGAGUCCUAGACAAGCGGAUCUAAUUUUAACAGCUGGAACAGUAACAAUGAAAAUGGCACCCUCUUUAGUGAGAUUAUAUGAGCAAAUGCCUAAACCAAAAUAUGUUAUUACUUGGGAGCCUGUACAAUUACAGGAGGGAUGUUGUCCACCUAAACCAGAAGCAGGUAUAGAUGCUAUAACAAAACUUCGUAAGAAAAUAUCUUGA